AUGUCCUCAGCUUAUGUGCUGGUUAACAACAGAGACGAGGUAAAACUGUCCGCUCUGCCUGCAAAUUUGCUGGGUUUCCUGAGUAACCUGAUGCCUAUAAUGUCUCUUUACCUCAUCUUGGUGAUCUGCAUUGCUAGAAUGAUAGGUAUUGUCAAGCCUCUCAGAUACAAAUCUCUCGUCACUUUUAGGCGGUUAGUUAUCAUUAGCACAGUUUCAUGGACCACUGCCUCUCUUUACUCUGCCUUGCCUUUCUACUUCAGCAAGCAAUACGUUUUUCACAGGGACACGGCAUCAAUGACAUUUUCAACCUCACAUCACUUUCUGGGAGUCCCUGAACCGUACGCAAAGUUGUUGACGGCAGUGCCGAUAGUGGUGAUUGACAUUCCCUUGUUCCUGGUGGUCGCAUUCCUCUCUGUCAUAUUCUACAAUCUCCGGACUAAAGGAAUGAAGAAAUCAAAUCUCCGGCGAGAGGCCUCACAUACCACAUUGUGUAUAGCACUUUUGUUCGCUGUUUGUUACGUUCCCAGUGGCUUCUUGAGGUUCCUCUUCUUACUCGACCAUAUAGGAGUCCUCCCGUCUCCAAUAUACCCAGAGUCAAGGUCCCGUCAAGCUAUCUUCCUAUACGUCUUCUUCUUGAUCAACACGUACACUGUUACAGUUAAUAGCUUUGCAAACCCCGUCCUAUACUACACAAGGACAUUCAGACGGAGGGGAGCAAUCAACCACUCCAACACAAAAGGGACGAAAUUAGAAGUGACUGCAGUUUCACUCGCAGUCAACAAGCGCAAUUUAGUGACAAUAUAA